GCAAGGAGAGUGCCCAAUGGCAUCAUUUCAGGAACUCCAAGCUGACGAUGGUGUUGGGGCAUGCCUUGGCCGGGAAUUCGCACACUGCAGUGGUCGGGACUAUCUCGCCUGCACAGAUCUCCUUUGAGGACUCUUUGGCUACGCUCAGAUUCUGCGAGUCGGUCAAGCAGGUUAGAACAAAGCCUGCGCUGCCCGUCUCGCAUAGAGAGGAUGUAGUCAUGGAGUUGCAGGAUGAAGUCCGACGACUAGAGCUAGAACUCCUGCGCGCGCGCUCUGGCCGCGCCAUCGUCGAAAGGCAGCUUGGCGAGGCGCAGGCAAUGAUGGAGCACUACCGAUGCUCGUGGAAGCAGGCCCUGGAGAUGUCCGGGCAUGCGGAGUUGGCAAAGGUCAGACGAGAGGCCCAAGAUGCAGUUCAACUGCCUGGCGUACCAUCGUUUGCGGCAAGCGGAUCAGGCAACUGGUCGCCCUGCUCGGGUACACCUGGCAGUGCCGAGGUUCCCGUGGCUUCGGCCACAGGGGGCGGCUCCGUCCCUGCAUCUCCGGCUUCGCGCCUCUGGCGCCUUGCUGAGGCCGGCACCGGUGGUCCGCCAGCCUUCCACAGGGAAGAGACUGCGGAGACGGCCGAAGCAGGAGACGGGGAUGUCAGCCCGUCGGCGGGCUCUGCAGGACAUCUGAGUAGAUCAACAUCGGCGGAGCCGAGGCAUGUGCCGCCGCUUCCUCUCAGCUUGGUUGAGGCCCAAGUGGCAAAGCCAGCAGAGGCUUCUGCUGCAAGGCUGCCGAGUGUCUGUAGCGAUGCGAGCAGUGGGCGGCCGUCGCCGUGCUCACCAACGCGCUCUGUGUUGUCGAGGUUUCGCUCGGCGGAUUCGCCCACGGGGAGGGACUCACAGAAUGCUCUGUGCGACGUGGACCGCGCCUUCUGGUCCCCACAGCCCGACACUCCGAGCCUUUCGAGCCUGCCGAGCACACCGCGCCUACAGACUCGGCAUAUUGGCUUUCAGCAGCAGCUGCAGCAACAGCCAAGGCUUCUGUUGCGGAGCGGCGCUGCAGCUCAUCCUUCCUCAUCUGCGGCACUUCCUGGUGCCAGAGGCCUGCCUCGCCCCUCUGUGGUUUACGGCCUCACGGACAGCUAUGCUCCGCAGGUCGUGUCUCGGCUUCUUGCAUCCUCGGCGCCUGCUGAGCUGUCCGGGUGCCAGGUGCUUAGUGUGCCUGCGCCGGUGCCGGCAGAGAACGAGCUCAUGCGAGCCUGCGAGCACUCGCUGGCAGAAGCCGAGAGGUCUAAUGACUGGAGGAAACAGGAGCUGGCUGUGACUCUUCGGCACUUGAGGUCGCAGCUGCUUGACAUCAAUGCUUCGACCGCCGCAACUCGGGUGCGGCGGGCCACAUCACCCUCAGGCGCAGCAGCUGCUGUCACUGCAGUCGCAGCGGUGACACCAGCCACAGCUUCGACACGGCUGAUGCGGGCCCCGCAAACUCCGAGAUCGGGCAACAGAGGUGCUCAAGUCGCUCCUCUGGUUCGCACUUUGAGCCCUCCGCCUUCGAGUCCUGCGACUCCUAUGGUGCACAUGAGGCCCUUCAUCCAAGCUGCUUCGCCCACCUCUCCCCCGACCCCUCGAGUCACGAGUCCCUCACCGGUGGCUACUGCAGGAGCUGCAGUCACGCCAGCGUUCUACACAGCAGAGGCGGCUGCUCUGAUGGAAGAUCGGCGCCCACCAGUUGGCACUCGCAGUGCGGCUCUUUCGGUCCAGCGCAUUCGCGGGGAGGAUCUGCCACUUACGUCGGUCCCACCACCAGCAUGGGUUGCUCCGCUGGCCACAGCACCUGCUGUGCUGGCAGUUCCGCCAACCUUAGCCGCGAGACCUGGCCAGUCUGCAGAAGCUUUCUCAAUGAUGCAGGAGUCCGUGACCACACCGUGCCGAGCCGUGGUUUCUGAUGUGCCGGCCGUCUGUUCUUGGAGUCGUGCGGCGGUGCACACCCCGAUACCCUCGAGGCAGAUAAUUCCAGGACCCUGGGCCAAAGCGCCUGCCGCUGACCUUUCGCCGACGGUCUCUCCGUGGCUCUCACCCAAAGCUGAGGACUUGCCAUGUCCAUUCCAGCCAUCCGAGUCGCGAACCCAGUGA